AUGCCGUUAAUUAAAUGGCAUAAGCACUGGCAGAGAGGUAUACCCUCUUAUGUUAAGUGUCAAGAGCACCCCGAGGAUGAUGUGGAAUAUGCCACUCGAGCUUGGAGGCGCUUUGUUCGUGAACAGUGGACUAACGAUGUGGAUGAGGAUGAACAACGACGAAAUCUGAUUGAGCGUUGGGCCACUGCGGACCAAGAAUUCCGUGAUGGCUAUGAAUCGAGAGCAGAGGACGAGCCUCCUUUCGAAAUCCAAAAUGUUCAUGAUCCUUGCCUUCGCGGACAUUUGGAUUUCUACCUGGAUGAUGUCUUUAUCUUGAUCUCUGAAUGGUCUACUAGGACGCAAGCUCUCCUAGCCAAGUGUAUCCUUGCAUUAUUCGACUGGGAUAACAAUGACGAGCAUCUUACCCAAAAUAUGUCACUGUUUAUGCCUCUUGAAGAUAACAAAGGAGAUAUUAUAGAUAACUUCAAACUUCGCCAAAGCGUAGUCCGGCCAAACUUCUUAGAUAUGUGUAUGGCACUAGAUGGAACAGUGCUUUUCGUGGAUGUCUCGCCAAAACUGAUAAUCGACGAUCGAACUCUUGAAACUGGCCUAGCCAUUUGGCUUCAAUUCACGACUAAUGGCGUUCGGAAGCGAGUUUACCGCACUCAACUACUCACGGAUGACUUCCCUGACCAUUUCCGCGCGGUGUAUUCAAACAAUGACCCAUUAGAAGAUGUGUUACAACAAAAUGUGGAGUAUUCAAACGAGGACCCUCUUGUGGAAGAUCAGCCGGUCAAUAUGCGACGUCCUUUUAUGGAUGUGUAUCAAGUAGGGGCUUACUCUGGGGAAGACGGGCACUCGCGAAGAAAAAAAGAUAUACGCGAUCAGCUUGAUGAGUUUGCUCCUGGAUACUGGGAAGCCGAGAAUCUAGGUAAUGGUAUCGCGGAAGAUGCUUUAUCAAGAUUACUUACAGAUGAGGGAGCUCCUUUAAAAAUUGUUGAAAGCUCAGAGCUAGACUAA